UACUGCUCAGGAGCAAUGGGAAUUGGAGACCGAAAAUCCCAACCAAUUAGAAAACUUUUGGGUUCCUAUUUACAGUUUUUUCAUGCCUUUCAUCUCGUGUUCUUUUUCAUUGGUUUGUCCAUUGGAGUCAUGAUCAGCUUAUUCUGCAAAAACUUCAUAUUCAAAUUGCAAACCACCUCAGAUUCAGUCUCUUCGUUCACACUACCGACGUCAACAUCACUGUUGCUGCUUCCGCCGCCACCCUCACCAGCGCCGAUCCCUUUACUGGAUUCCGGUGAUGUCGUUACAUCCGAUGUUGAGGCUCAGACACUUCUGGUGCACAAUAUGGAUGAUGAUCUUGAGUUGUUUUGGCGGGCAUCGUUUGUUCCGAGGAUUACAGAGUUUCCCUAUAACCGUGUGCCUAAAGUUGCUUUCAUGUUCUUGACAAAGGGUCCUAUACCUCUAGCCCCAUUGUGGGAAAUGUUCUUCAAAGACCAUCAAGGACUUUACAACAUAUAUUUUCAUCCUCAUCCGUCCUAUGUAGAAUCGUGGCCCAAAAAUUCUGUUUUCUAUCGAACAAGAAUUCCAAGCAAGCAAGUUGAAUGGGGAAAACCAACCAUGAUCGACGCCGAGAGACGUCUACUAGCGAGUGCCCUCCUUGACUUCUCUAAUGAACGAUUCGUGUUGUUGUCCGAGACUUGCAUCCCACUAUUCAACUUCACUACAGUAUACAACUACCUCAUGAAUUCCAAUAAGAGCUUUUUAGCUUCCUAUGAUGAUCCAAGGAAAGUUGGCCGUGGCAGAUACAAUCCCCAAAUGGAUCCUACAGUUACAAUAUCAGAUUGGCGAAAAGGGUCACAAUGGUUCGAGGUCAACCGCAAACUUGCAAUAGAGAUCGUAUCAGAUACCAAGUACUACCCCAUAUUCAAAGAGUAUUGCAGUCCUCCUUGCUACAUGGAUGAGCAUUACAUCCCUACCCUAGUGAACAUUAUCGGCCCCGGUCACAACUCAAACAGGACCGUUACUUGGGUUGAUUGGUCCAAGAGUGGUCCGCACCCUGGAAGAUUUGGGAGGAAUGGUGUUUCAGAUGAAUUGCUGAAUCGAAUAAGGUUUGGUACUAAUGGUACCUGUGAUGGUGAUGUUAAUACAACCAGUUCUAUGUGCUUUUUGUUUGCUAGGAAGUUCAUGCCGGACACUCUGCAACCUCUCUUGCAAAUUGCACCCGUGUUGCUAGGUUCCAUUUCUCAAUAGUCUUAUUAGUAAAUCCGUAUAGUCCUCUUUUGUUUUUACCUUUUUUUGGACAAUCCAUAUCCUUCUUCAUUCAGUUUAUAUGUUACUAAAAUGGAAGUAAAAUUUACGAUAGAUGAGCUUGCUUGAGGGUUACAUUUAUACUUUUGCCGAAGAAGUCCAUAGUAAA